AUGCAGAAUCUGAACAGUCGUAUAGAUGAGUUGGAAAUGACUGACAAAGUUGAAAUGUUGUCGGAGAAGAAAAUCAUAGGUCUAACAAUCACAGGAGCGUCUAUUAAUCAUGAUCUUAUUCAUCAUAUUGGUCCAAGUGUUGUGAUUGUUGAGGAAGCCGCUGAAAUUCUUGAACCCAGCCUCCUGGCUGCGCUGACUCCAUCUACUGAGCACCUGAUCCUAAUAGGAGAUCAUAAACAACUGAGACCACAGGUUGACACCUACCAAUUGUGUACGAAUUUUCACUUUGAUGUCUCGAUGAUGGAAAGAUUGAUUGAAUCUGGAUUCCCUUUUGAAUCUCUUGCUAAGCAAAACCGAAUGCGUCCCGAAUUCUCAGUCCUAUUACACGACAUCUACCCUAAUCUGGAAGAUAAUUUGCCUUUGGUAUCGAAAAACGAGCCGCUGAAAUGCAUCGAGAAGUCAAUGUUUUUCUGGUGUCAUGAUGAUCCCGAGAAGAAAGAUCGUACUUACACGAAUGUCAAAGAAGCAGAGCGUAUCAUAGCUCUUGUUAUGUUUCUCUUAUGCAAUGGUGUCCGUCCGUCUGACAUCACAGUUCUAGCAGCCUACCUCGGACAGACUAAACUUCUUAGAAACAUGAUAAAGAAAGAGAAAGACAUCACGCCUAAAUUUUUUAAAGAAUAUGAUGAAAGUGGAGAUAAUCGAGAAGGUUCCGUCGAAGUGCAAACAAUCGACAUGUAUCAAGGAGAUGAAAACAAGUAUGUCAUCAUUUCUCUGGUGCGUUCCAACAAAGAAAACAGGAUCGGGUUCUUGAAUAAAAUUAACCGUCGCUGUGUAGCUCAGUCGAGAGCGAUGAGUGGUAUGUACUUUGUUGGAAAUGUUAACACCUUGUGUGGAGCCAGGGAUUCGUGUUGGUCGGAGUUUAUCACUUCAAUGAUGAAGCAAGACUGUGUUGGAUAUGAAUUUCCUCUACAGUGCAUGAAACACGAGUCCUCGAAAUAUAAAGCUAUGGAUGGUAAUAGCAUUCGUGCAGUGAACGCGAAACCUAUUCUCUUGUGCAAGCAACUAUGUGGCGAUUCUUACCUCCACUGCGACAAGCAUCCUUGCAAAAAGUCAUGUUUUCCAAGGCACUGGCACACUGAUUGUCCCGUACGUGUUUAUGAUCAAUUCCCAGAUUGUGGUCAUGAUGUUAAAAGAAGAUGUCCCGAAAAAAUUUCUGAUCUUCGUUGUGAAGAUAUGGCAAUUGUAAAUCUACCAUGUGGUCACCAGAACAGGAAGAAGUGCUUCCAGAAUAUAUCAGAUGUUAUUUGCAGAAUACCAGUAACUGUAACCUUCCCACAAUGUGGACACAAGACCUCUAAACCAUGCCAUGUCAAAAUUGGGACGAUCGAGUGUCAACACCCGUGUAAAGAAAUUAAUUCGUGUGGAAUCCACCAGUGUAAGAUUAUUUGCGGAAAAAUUCAUGGUCAUGAUUGCUGUUCAGAAAAGAUUGAUUACAACUUUCCAGUAUGUGGUCAUCCCUCUCCAAAGAAAAAAAAGUGUUCGGAAAAAAUAUCGUGGGACUGCAAACACAAGGUGUAUAUCAAGGGAGCUUGCGGUCAUUAUAUCGAAAAGAAAUGCCACCAAAGUGAAAGCGAAGUGAAAUGUCCUAUUACACCAUGCGCAAAACUGCGGAAAUGUGGUCAUCCUUGUAGAAAUGCUUGCGGAGAUGAAUGUGAGAAAGGUGAAUGCAAGCUCUGUUUGCGCGUAUACCACAAAAAGUUGGAGGAAUUCCGUGAAGCAGCCAAAAAACGAGUUAAAGAGCUUGAAAUAAAGAUCGGGAAACGACAAAUCCCUAAUUUCUCCAGACAUGAAAUCCGUCUCUCAGGAGCGACUGCAGCUGAAUACCAGAAAGUCGAAGAUCAAGUUAUGAAGUUCAUUCAACCAUGUCAUCAUUGGUUCCCAAAAAUCACCAAAAUUGAAAAAGUUACUAAUCUUGUGUUGGAAAAGAAGUUUGAAGUAGCAAAGUCCAAAGCAUUUGGAGAUUACAUCGAUACAAAGUUUCAUGGCACAUCUAAUGAUAAUUUAAAAAAAAUCAUCAAAAAUGGCUUCAAAAUGCCAGAUCAGAAACCAGUUCCACAUACUAAGCGUGGUAUGUAUGGCCAAGGAAUCUACUUCGCUACAGAUUCAUCCAAGAGCGCACAAAAUAUUUACACGCAAGGCUCUCAGAAGCUUUUGCUGAGUCAAGUUAUUCUUGGAAGAUCGAAGGAAGUCCAUAGGGCUGACUACGAUUUGAAUAAGAAAACGCUCCGGUCCAAACAAUUCGACUCUGUGUAUGCUCCGCGAGGAUCAGCUGUAAAGAAUGACGAGUUUGUAAUCUUCGAUCCAGACCAAGCACUUCCUCAGUAUAUCAUUCACUUCUCUGAUUCCGUUCUACCACCUUCUCCAUCAACCCUAAAAAUGCAGCAAACAUUUAUAGUGAAGAACAUGAAACCGUUAAGGACCGUAGACAUCCGAAAUCCAUUCCAAAUGUACUACAGUUGGGCCGACUCCCACUUCAGAAGAAUGGCCGCCACGAGUAAACCACCUCUUUCCCCCCAACAAGCUACUAUUUCAUCUAUUGAUAUUGUCAUCAACAAGGAUCUUGAAGACAAAUUUGAAGCCACAAAGAAGAAGUUUAAAAACCAAGGCAUUCCUGACAAAGAAAUUCUUGCUUAUCAUGGAACGGAAAAGGCCAACAUACAUAGUAUCUUGAAGAGUAACCUACAGUUACGCUACGCUAAAAGGCAAGCGUAUGGUAAAGGGAAUUAUUUUUCAGAAUUCCCUUCUGUCAGUCUAAGUUAUGGUGAUGGUCUACUCUUAUGUCGUAUUCUUCCUGGAAAGGAGUUUGUGGAUGCCAGUGGCUCAAAAAUACCUGCAGGCUACAAUUCCAAGAAAGUGUUGCUAAAAGUUCAGCCUGCCAGUGCUACAGGAGCUACAGCCACAACAGCUGCCGCAGCCAACGUGAGUGGUGAAAUGAUCAUCAUUGAAAACUCUGAUCAGAUUUUGCCUUUCUUUGUUAUCCAUCGUUGA